GCCAGAGCCCGGGUCUCCACGCCUCCGCAGUUGGAGCGGAAGGGGCGGGGACGAGGCGAAGGGAAGGCGCUCAAGGUCCAAGGUCCAAGUCCCUCCGGAGAGGUUGCAGGGGCGGGGGAAGCGAAGGAGCCUGCCUCUGCGCAGACGCCCCGCCCAGCUGGAAGGGGCGGAGCUUAGGCGCCCCGGGGGCGGAGUCAGAUCCUGGACCAGCCUCCACCUGCGCCUGUGAGCCCCCGAGUGCGUGGGCCCGGGUUAUCCUGGGGGGCUUCAGGCGCCGCCCAAGAGACCCUGGGCCGGUGCUGGGCGCUGCUGCCUCUUCGCGCUUGCCUGUCCGUCUUUGUGUCUGUCUCUUGUCUGUCUGGCUGUCUCCGAGCUUGCCUCCACUCCAGAACUAAGCCUCCCGGACACCGUCGUCCCACGAGCCCCCGCCCUUUCCUAUGGCUGGCUACUUGCCCCCCAAAGGCUACGCCCCUUCACCCCCACCUCCCUACCCGGUGACUGCUGGGUAUCCGGAGCCGGCGCUGCAUCCUGGGCCGGGACAGGCUCCAGUGCCCGCCCAGGUGCCUGCCCCUGCGCCCGGCUUCGCUCUCUUCCCCUCUCCAGGCCCUGUGGCCCCAGGGUCUCCUGCUUCCUUCUUGCCCCUGCCAGGGGUGCCUUCUGGUCUCGAAUUCCUGGUGCAGAUUGAUCAAAUCUUGAUUCAUCAGAAGGCUGACCGGGUGGAAACGUUCCUAGGCUGGGAGACCUGUAACAGGUAUGAACUGCGUUCCGGGGCCGGACAGCCCCUAGGUCAGGCGGCUGAGGAAAGCAACUGUUGUGCCCGUCUGUGCUGUGGUGCUCGCAGGCCGCUUCGUGUCCGCCUAGCAGACCCUGGAGACCGAGAGGUGCUGCGUCUGCUCCGCCCACUUCACUGUGGCUGCAGCUGCUGUCCCUGUGGCCUUCAGGAGAUGGAAGUACAGGCUCCACCUGGUACCACCAUUGGCCACGUGCUACAGACCUGGCAUCCCUUCCUUCCUAAGUUCUCCAUCCAGGAUGCUGAUCGGCAGACUGUCCUACGAGUGGUGGGGCCUUGCUGGACCUGUGGCUGUGGUACAGACACCAACUUUGAGGUGAAGACUAAAGAUGAAUCUCGAAGUGUGGGCCGCAUCAGCAAGCAGUGGGGAGGGUUGCUACGAGAAGCCCUCACAGAUGCAGAUGACUUUGGCCUACAGUUCCCAAUGGAUCUAGACGUGAGAGCAAAGGCUGUGCUCCUGGGAGCCACGUUCCUCAUUGAUUACAUGUUCUUUGAGAAGCGAGGUGGCACUGGACCCUCUGCCAUUACCAGUUAGAAGUCACAUCAAGGUGAGGAGACCAUCACCUCAACCAGAAGUCAAGAUGGUCACCUGCCCAGGCCUGCCUCUCCUCAGAGGCUACCCCUUUCUUCAGUGUACCCUACAGGGGACAGACAGGGGUGAUGGAGUGGCUGGGAGCCAUUGUGUCCUAUCCAUCCCCUCUCCCCCUGCCCUCCUUCACCUGUAGCCCUGCAGAAGAGUAUGUAUGAGAGCUUUCCCCCACUGUGUUCUACCAUCUCCCAGCAGUCCCAACGCACACAAGCUUAUCAGCUUUCCAACUUUCAUACCCACUCCCUCCCACACUAGUCUAAGGCCUCUGCAUGAGAGGAGGUCUCUGGAAUCCAGGACUUAAGUUUUACAGCAGGGCUAGUGGGUGAAGGGCAAGCAGCCACCAAAGAUGGCAGACAUGCCACCCUUCUCCUGCAUCCAUUUGGCCAGUUAGUUUAGCCUCAGACUGUGGCACUUGGAAGGGAUUCCUGCUUCCUCACACCUGUAGAGGUCGGGUCCCAGUGCCAACUUCCUUUCCCCUUUGGGCCCUGCUGGUGCUUGCUGUAGCUUCCUGUGCCUUAUUUAACCACCCCUUCCUUCCCCUGCUGUAGGAAGGAGACUGCAUCUUUGUAUGUAUUCAUAUAAACUUUGUAACUUUUUAAA